AGAUAUCACUACAGAAGUUAUGGCAGCUAUUUAUAAAGAGAUUACAAUUAAUACGGUUGCAUCAAUUUUAUUAAACCAAUUUUCAGAUUCAAUUAGUGAUUUAUUUAAAGUAUUUUGUGAUUCUUUUUUAUCUGUGAGAACGUUAGCUAAAUAUUCAAUACCCGUACAAGAUAUUCUAAAUGUUUAUAAUAUGUCAACCAAAGUUUUUGAACAAAAUAUCACUGGAGCUGAAUUAUUCUCUAGAAAGUAUCUUAAAUCUACAUAUUUUUCACAUUUGGAUGAUGUUACAACUACAAUUGAGCGAGCUAGAACUAUUUGCAUUGGAGAUGAAAAGUUUGGUUCAAUUUCUUCACGAUCAAAUUUGAACUCAUAUAUAAUUCAUUGUGUACAAGUUCCAAAAGAAGUUACUAUAGAAAAUUCUAGAGUUCAAAUAGAUUUUAAAACAGUAGAGCAUCUAUUUGCUUUUGUUGAUUGGUAUAAGGCAUCUAGUUGUUGUGAUCAUUUUUAUAUAUAUAAUCGUAAAACUGAUUACUUUCAAUUUGAUGAAG